GGGCACAAAAAGAAAACGGCAGAGAACGUUACAAGAAGACCAAGGAAUUAAGAAAACUAACACGGAGAAGGAAAAAAGGAUCGAGAAAGUUGUCGCUGUCACAUUGAUACUGAUAGAUAACUGAGAAACAGAGAGGGAUGAUUAAGGAAGACAGGAUUUAAGAUUAGAAAGGAGCAAGAAAGGGUUUUGGGUUUGUUGUUUUGUUACGUUGGGAUGUAAGCAAAUUAAUGGUUAUGGAUGGAUGAAAAACCCUAGGAUCAUCGUAGAUGCUUGUCUCUGGAGUAUCAUGGGAUCUGAAAUGGCUCCUCCAAUUUAUAUUCUCCGCUUUUGUGGUAGCGUUUGGAUUGCAUACGUUGGUGAAGAACACGGCCUCUAAGUACUUUGAAGUCGACGCCAAUUUCGACGGUGACAACCGCGCCAUGCCCGGUUUUCUGAUGGAUGAUGACACUCUUUGCGCCGUUUGUCGCAACCCCAGCAAUAAGAAGUGUUCUCGCUGCAAAUCCGUCCGAUACUGCUCAGAAGCAUGCCAACAGUCGCACUGGAAAUCUGAGCAUAAGAUGAAAUGCAAGGAGUUUCAGAGCACCAGUGCAAUAAAUUUGGCUCAAACUGGGCCUGUUAAUAGUGGGUUUAAAGCUUCUGCAGCUGUGAAUAAAAGUACAUCUUCAAUUGCCCUGAUCCCUGAAUGUGGUCGUGGAACUUCCAGGCCUAACAAGCAGCCUAAAAAUCCUCUUUUUCCUUAUGAUGAAUUUGUUAAAUUUUUUAACUGGGACAAACCAGGCUUUCCUCCUUGUGGACUCUUCAAUUGUGAAAACAGCUGCUUUGCGAAUGUGGUUCUCCAAUGUCUCUCAUUCACAAGGCCACUUAUUGCCUACUUGUUGGAGAAGGGCCACCGUAGAGAAUGCAGCCAUAACAAUUGGUGCUUUCUAUGUGAAUUUGAAAUCCAUGUUGAAAAGACAAUGUUAAGUUCACAGGCAUUUUCUCCGAUGAAUAUAGUCUCUCGUGUGCAUAAUAUUGGUGGUACACUGGGUUAUGGAAGACAAGAAGAUGCUCACGAGUUCAUGAGGUUUGCCAUUGAUACCAUGCAAUCUGUUUGCCUUGAUGAAUUUGGUGGAGAAAAAGCUGUCCCUCCUAACCUCCAAGAAACAACCCUUAUUCAACACAUUUUUGGUGGACACCUUCAAUCUGAGGUGAUUUGCACAGAAUGUGAGAAGAAUUCAAAUCAGUAUGAAAAUAUGAUGGACUUGACAGUUGAAAUUCAUGGAGAUGCUGCUUCCUUGGAGGAAUGCCUUAACCAGUUUACUGUCAAGGAGUGGCUUCAUGGGGAAAAUAUGUAUAAAUGUGAUGGGUGCAAGGGUUAUGUCAAGGCAUGGAAACGUCUCACUGUGAAACGAGCUCCAAAUAUUCUUACAAUUGCCUUAAAAAGAUUUCAGAGUGGGAGGUUUGGAAAACUUAACAAGAGAGUAACUUUCCCUGAGACUUUGGACCUUAGCCCUUACAUGAGUGAAGUUGGAGAUGGAUCUGAUAUCUAUAAGCUAUAUGCUGUUGUAGUACAUAUUGAUAUGCUUAAUGCUUCAUUUUUUGGUCAUUACAUCUGCUACAUCAAGGAUUUCCGGGGAAACUGGUAUAGAAUCAAUGAUUGUGAGGUUAUAAGUGUGGAAUUGGAAGAGGUACUUUCUCGGGGCGCAUACAUGCUGUUGUAUAGCAGGGUUAGAGCCCGACCAUCAUGCCUUCAAAGCAUUGAAUCUUCAGGGACAGCAGAAGUACAAACAGUCAAAGUGGAAGUGCAGUCUGGCCCAGCUGAACAAGCUGAAUGCCUCUCAGAUAUGAAGACCGUGACUUAUAGUAGAGGAUGUGAGGCUUUUCCAUCUGAUAGUAGUCCAGAGGUGAAGGUUUCUGGCUGUGAACACGUGUCUUUAACCGGAAUGAACUACGAUGCAAAAAUAGAGCAUUUUGAGGAUAUAGGUGUUGUUGACAUUGCAAAUGAGACUUCCUGUAGUGCGGUUGAAUCAUCUGAUAUACACAGUUCUCAAGCUGUCAAUGAGGAUAUAGGUGUUGUUGACAUUGCAAAUGAGACUUCCUGUAGUGCGGUUGAAUCAUCUGAUAUACACAGUUCUCAAGCUGUCAAUGACUUGAGGAGUAUAGAAAUAAGCAGAUCAAAUCCAUGUUCAUCUGAAGUGAUUUUAGGCUGCAGGGAAGAGCAAGAUGCUGGUCAUAUGGCUAAGUCUGGUCCUUCUCCAGGUUUGCCAAAUGGCUUUUCUUGCUUUGAUAAUGAUUCUUCUGUUAGUAUGGAUUAUCAAAACACGAGAGAAGAUUCAGGACAUGAAGAUGUGAUUAAAUGCAAGUCGUUAGCAGCAACAAAUGGCAAUGGAAAUUAUAGCAAUGGGUAUGCCAGUGCAAACAAAUAUGCCAUCCCUGUUGAAGAUGGUAGUGUUGUAUUUCAUGGCGUUGGUUCUUGUUCCACUGAAACAUCCUCAGAUGAGAUGCAUCAGUUGAAGCGGAGAUUGCCAUUUUACAGUUCUGAAGCAGACCAAGGAAAUGGUGUUAAGAAGGUGGAAAUAUCAGGGAACAAGUUAGUGAUAUAGGUGCAGCUACUCUUGUUGUUUGUUCAUAUCAAUUUGAUUUAUCCCAUCAUUGAAAAAAAUUGGUGAGUUGGGAAAUUUUUGUCUGCGUUUCAUUAUUUGCCGGAACCAUGGAACUUUAUUGUAACAUUUCAAGAUGGAUUCUCUAACUUCAUUACAAUGAUAGAAUAUAACU